AUGCCCGAACGCAAGCAAUCUAACCGAUCUGGAAAAGCUCCUAGUGAAACACCCAACAACGGCUUUACCACUGAACGCUCGGUUGGUGGCGAGCGUCGUUCGAUCCGCCACUACGACGAUGGUCGAGUAUCACAACGUGAGAGUCCUAUCCCUGGCCCCGUUCGAAAGCUAACCCAGAGCAAACUCGUCUCCAGGACAAACAGCACCAGCACUAGCACGGUCCUCAAAGCCAAGGCUGCUCCUAAGCCCAAGGAACCGGAAUACCAGUCCCCAACUGUCGCUGAGAUUGAGAAGCUCGCCGGUGCUGUUACUAACCUCUUCCACCCAGAGCGCACUACGCCAUUUGACAAGCCUCCUCCACAGCCGGAGAGCCCACAGUCAUGGAGCUCAGACAGCUCCUAUGGCAUGGUUACCCCACCCUUCCCUGUAGCCUCCCCUACUCCUGAAGACUCACCCGAACUGAUGAGCACGGACGUUUUCCCCCUUCCAGCGACUGCCACCCCUGAUGCCUCGGUCGAGGAUGCUAACCCUAUUUCAGCACAGUGGGGCCAGAUGGGCGGGAAGACCCGUGGACAUUCGGAUAUUCACGACUGA